GAGUAGUCCUUUGUUCCAUCAUCGCCCGCUCCCAACAAACCAACGGCAUCCUGAUCAUACCAACGAAAACGACUACCUUGACACUAAUACAACUGCAACUAUGAAGUUUUCUGUCGCCGCAACCGCCUUGGCUCUCUCUUCUGCGACAACUGUUUCCUGUUUCUCUAUUGCGCCGAACGGAAGGAGUAGUCUCGCAUCUCUCCGAGUCGCCACAUCUUCCGAAGAAGCCGUCGAUUCGAGCGUCAACGGGGAUGACGACAUAGUCCGAAAGAGCGACGAGGAAGUCUUCUCGAAACACAAGAGGCCGACAUCCUUUGCCACCAAAUGCGCUUCCUUGUAUCACCCAAACCCCGGCGCCGAGCGUGGACUGGCACCCCCGGUUUAUUUCGGGUCCACUUUCUUGUUGGACGACGCCGCCCAUGGCGCUCGUCUUCACGCAAAACGCGAGGAACCUUACACCGACGACGACGGAUUCGUUUAUUCCAGAUGGGGUGCCCCCACCAACGAGGCAGCUGCGGUCCAGAUCGCUGCCCUCGAAGGCGUAGACGAUCCAAACAAGGGAGCCCUUGGAAAAUGCUUGUUGUUCAACUCGGGAAUGUCCGCCAUCACAUCGGCCCUCAUGGCCGUCUUGAGGGCAGGAGAUCACGCAAUUUUCCCCUACACAGUCUACGGUGGAACCCAUGAAUUCGCCGAAAACUUUUGCAAAGAAUGGGGCAUCGAGGUGACCUACAUCGACGCAUCCGGUGUCGAUGGACCAGAAAAUUACAAAAAGGCCUUCCGGGAAAAUACUAAGGUUGUAUACACCGAAACACCCGCCAACCCUACCAUGCGAUUGACCGACCUAGAAGGCGUCGGAAGAGUCGUAACCGAACACUACGGAGCCGCCGAGGACACCCCCGGCAGCGAUCCCAACGCACGAAAGCGACCCUGGGUGAUGGUCGACGGCACGUUCGCGACUCCGUACCACCAACGCGUCCUGGACAUCCCCGGCGUCGAUGUCUCCAUCCAUUCCGCCACCAAGUAUCUGGGCGGCCACUCCGAUAUCUUGGCCGGAUCCGUCACGUCUCGUUCGGAACCAUUUUUGCACGGAUGCGCCAAGGUCCAAAAACUGAUCACGGUCCCCCUCAAUCCCAUGGAUUCCUUCCUGCUGGCCCGUGGGCUCCGCACCCUGGACGUUCGAAUGCAACGACACGGCGAAAACGCCAUCAAGAUCGCCCGAAUGCUCGAAGAACAUCCCGACGUGGAAUCCGUCUUCUACCCCGGACUGGAUUCCCACCCCGACCGCUCGAUGUCCGAUGGAAUUUAUUCGUCGGGAAGGGACGAAGACGACGAGGAUGGAUUCAACCAAACCUACGGUGGAAUGGUCACCUUUAUCAUGGCCGGCGAGGGCGACAUUGCCCUCCAGAGAGCGCGAAACGUCUGCGAACACCUGCGGGUGAUCAACCUGGCCGUGUCACUCGGUGGAGUCGAAUCGCUGGUCGAACACCCGGCAUCGAUGACGCACGGCAUGAUCCCGAGAGAACAACGAUUGGCCGGGGGUCUCGCGGAUGGCUUGAUCCGAUUGAGCGUCGGAUUGGAAAAGGCAAAGGACCUGAUCGACGACCUGAAGAGCGCUCUGGAUCGAUGCGACGAAGAAGGCUGCGACCUCGACAUCUAAAAAACAGGCCAACAGACCCAAACGCACGCACGCACGCACACGCACACACACAAACAAACAAACUGCAACUCG